CGGCGGCUGCGUAUGAACGGUCAACUGAGAAACGGUUCACAUCUGGUUCACACAGACUACGUUUUUUGACUGUCUACUGUCACAAUCAAAUUUCGAGUACCAAGCGGCGAUGGUUAACUUACACCUCUCAGCCCCUAUCAAGCAACUACUGACACUUCGAAAUCCACACCCUUUACCGAGUCCUCCACUUUCACAAGUACAUGAUGUCCUCACAAAGACACAUCUAGAUGCUAAAUCUAGAAAAGCUGAGACCGGCUGGCUCGUUUUAGCCGCUUGCACUUUGUUGACUGCCAAUCGACCUCCUUGUUUUGGCCACCUUUAUCGAUAUGUGACCCGCCCUGAAUUCAAUGCCAGCUUUCGGAACGUAAGCUUGGAAGCAGCCGUAAAUCGAGCAGCCAUCAUUCGCGAAGCUGCUUUGAAGAGCACCAUAUUUGUUGGCGUACCUCGAGUCAUACUUUCACUCGCAGCUCUGCAUGAGACCUUGGAUGAAGAUGUCAAGGCAUCCUUGAGGAAAAAAACCACUCAAAGACUCGCCACUCCGGAGAACAUUGAGGCGACUGUCACCCGAGGAAAAGCGCUCUGGGACUCGAUCUACGCCCCUCAUGCAGAUAAGCUUCAUGGCAAACUUGGGGCCUAUCAUCCGGAUUUCAUUGCUUUUAUCAUCCAGGCGUAUGGUACAGUUCUGUCGCCAUUACCUGGAGUAACGAAAACAUUUUUGGAUGUCAGUAGUACAGAAGACCAAGAUCAAGGAAAUCUCAGCCGCGCAUUAGGUUCGGUUAUUGGAAUAGCUUGUCUGCGUGCGGAAGAGCGGGUUGUUCCUCAGCUUACAAGUCAUGUCUUUGGUCUUCUCAAGGCGCGCUAUGUGGAGAAUCAGAGCGAUGAAGACAGUUGGCUUUCAAGCGAUGAAGGUACAGAAUGGGUUAUUCGUACCGUGGAUGAGAUUCUGGAUGGUGUAAAAUACUUUGAUGGACACAAGAUUGUGCCUAAGUAAUCCUUGCAUCAUGUUCAAUCAUCUUUCUCUAUGCGAAGCAAUCCAGGGCACAUGGGAACCUCAUUGAUCAGCUAUCCAGCGUAAAAAGAUGAACACUCCGAACGUCGUUAUCGAUGGCAAGCUCGAAUGGAUGAACAUCGCAGCCUCGUGCGAGGUCUGCCUACAU